AUGGUGAUACCGACCGACGACUGGCACGCCCCAAGUGCGUUCGAAGGGUCGAAGAGACCCGCAGCCCCAAUCACGAAAAGGAGGACCCGUUGGAGACAGGUUCAAGAACGGUCCGCACAACUAGCUAGCAAGAACGUCUCGCAGCCUUUGGAUGCUGCCCAACAGCGGGCUGGCCAGUACUCACAGGUCCGCAUUGACAUCCAGCUCAUCAAGACCGAAAAACAGUUUCACCUACUCGCAUGCUUGAUGCCUCCGCGAUCCGCAAGAUCACGGAGAGUCGCGGAAGUCGGCUAUUCUGACUCCAAAAAAGGCUGGGUUAAUGUGGCGUUGGGAACGGAGAAAGGUCACUUGUCAGUUGUCAGAAUAGCAUUCAAAAUUGUCCUUUCAUCGUGA